GUCCGGACCGGGACAGCAGGACAGAUCUGGACCGGGACAGCAGGACAGCAGCACAGAUCUGACCGGGACAGCAGGACAGCAGGACAGCAGGACAGCAGGACAGAUCUGGACCGGGACAGCAGGACAGCAGCAGAUAUCUGGACAGAAACAUGGACAAGGAUGGCAGGGACAAGUGGGAGAACCCGAUGCAGUUCCUGCUGGCCUGCGUGUCGUACGCGGUGGGGCUGGGGAACGUGUGGAGGUUCCCCUACCUGUGCCAGAUGCACGGCGGGGGGGGUUUCCUUAUUCCGUACUUCGUGAUGCUGAUCCUGGAAGGCGUGCCCUUGUUCUACAUGGAGCUUGCCAUUGGUCAGAAGAUGCGUCUGGGGAGCAUCGGGGCAUGGAGCGCUAUCAGCCCUUAUUUAGGAGGAAUUGGUCUGGCUAGUGUCAUGACAUCCUUGUACUUGUGUCUCUAUUACAACAUCAUCAAUGCAUGGAGUUUCUGGUACCUCUUUCAAUCAUUUCAACCUGUCUUGCCCUGGGCCACUUGCCCCAUAAAUUCCAACCGGACAGGACCUUUAGAGGAGUGUGAAAAGGCUACACCCACCCAGUAUUUCUUCUACAGGGAAACACUGAACAUCUCCUCCUCCAUCGAGGAGAAUGGAGGCAUUCAUACCGGUCAGACUCUGUGCCUCCUGCUGGCGUGGGGCAUCACUUACUUAUUCAUUAUACGAGGAGUGGAGUCCACUGGAAAGGUUGUGUACUUCACAGCUACGUUUCCAUACCUGGUCCUCUUUAUCUACCUGAUUCGGGGCGUCACGCUUCAUGGAGCCAUGAACGGUGUUAAAUAUAUGUUUACUCCCAGGAUGGAACACCUCGCAAAUCCUGUGACUUGGGUCAACGCUGCCACCCAGAUCUUUUUCUCUCUGGGUUUGGGUUUUGGCUCCCUCAUAGCUUUCGCCAGCUACAACCAGUACAACAAUAACUUUGAGCGCCAGGCCAUCGCCGUCUCUCUCAUCAACAGUGCAACUUCCAUCUUUGCCAGUCUGGUCACCUUCUCCAUCUACGGGUUCAAGGCCACCUUCAACUAUGAGAGCUGCCUGGAGGGGACGCGGACGCUGUUGAUGAAUACGUUUGAUCUGGCUGAAAACAGCAUCAACAUAGACAACGUCUCUGACUGGAUUAAGGAGCUGAACUCCACAUACCCGGCACAGUUCGCUGAACUUACAUUGGAAGAAUGCAGCCUGGAGGCUGAACUAGAUACCGCUGUAGAGGGGACUGGUCUGGCCUUCAUUGUGUACACGGAGGCCAUCAAGAACAUGCCAAUGCCUCAGGUGUGGUCAGUGCUUUACUUCUUUAUGCUCCUGAUGUUGGGGAUGGGCAGCAUGCUGGGAAACGUCACGGCCAUCAUCACACCGCUACGAGACUUCAAGAUUGUGUCACGCAUAAGCAUCAAGGUGUUAAAUGCUAUCGUUUGCGUGUUCUGCCUGCUGCUCGGAUUGGGUUUCACCACCACAUCUGGGAAUUACUGGUUCACCAUGUUCAACGACUAUGGAGCCACCUUCUCCUUGCUCUUCAUUGUCCUCACUGAAGUCGUAACUGUCAGCUAUAUUUAUGGAAUUAAAAGGUUUGACAAAGACAUAGAAGACAUGCUUGGUCACCGUCCCAGCUGGUACUGGAAGAUCAUGUGGGCAGGAGUCAGUCCCCUCCUCCUCUUUGGCAUCUUGGUGUUUUAUAUCAUCAACUACAUACAAGGGGGAACACCCACCUACCAAGCAUGGAACAAAGAUCUGGGUAAGGCGGAGGUAAAGGAAUACCCGGUCUUCGGCCAGGUCUUCAUCGGGCUGCUGCUGGUGUCGUCGGUCAGCUGCGUCCCUCUCAUGGCUCUCUACGUUUUCUGCCAGAGAAGGAAAGGUGGAAACCAACCCAAGCGGCAGCACUCUGUGAGUACGGUCAGUGCUUAGCCACUGGACCGAGGUCAGACUCAUCUCCACGUCUGUGCCCGGCAGCAGGACGCUAAACGUGAAGGAUUAGAAGCUCUCGUCUGCUCAAACUUCAGCCAAAGCUUUUCCAGACAUUCUGGAAUGGAAACACAAGGACAUAAAUGAAAAUCAGGUGAAAUUAUGUAUUACGGUACCGAAAUCUGCUGUAUGAUCCCCUUCUGUACUUCAGUAUUAAUGUCUUCAGAGCCAAAAUCAGUACUUGAUCCACUUAAAUCAACAGUAGGUCUUCACAUUUUCAACCUGUGCUCUAACUGAAGCCGUAGUUUAGAAGCCUCACCUGUGGAACCUGUUUCACUCCUGUUAGUACUGUAAAUAGAAUAUAUUCUAAUUACCAGAUGUUUUUAGUUCAAAUAGCUGCUAAUUCAGUGUUUUAUAUGAGCUCAUGGAAUGGUUGUAUGAUGAUACGAUGAAUGUAUGUAGAUACGCGCUCCACUCGGUGAGUUGACAGCGUAGUUUCAGAGUAUUUUUUCUUAUCUAAUGUAAGACAUUGCAAUCAAGUUGUGCAGCUUCACAUUUAGCCUCAAGUGUCAGAAAUCUGUCUCAUGUUCAGCAUUGUCUGACUUUCAGAAGUUCAAUUUAGUCUUAAACUGUCAUUGGCAAUCUAUCUAUCGUUUUAGAAGGUGCAUGAAUAAUAAAGCAACAAAUAGAAGUUUUGAAGAGCAUACCAGACGCUGACAGAAACUUCAAUUCAGCAACAAACAUCCUUCACUUGUCUACAGGACUGUAUCAGAAAAUUAGAAUAUUGUGAUAAAGUUCUUUAUUUUCUGUAAUGCAAUUAAAAAAACAAAAAUGUCAUACAUUCUGGAUUCAUUGCAAAUCAACUGAAAUAUUG